AUGGCUACCCCUAGUGUCCUCGCUUUUGACGCUGAGGGUCGAGCCAUAGACUUCGAGGUCUGGCUCGACGACCUGCAGCUGUUUUUACAGUGCGAUAGGGCGGACGGUCUGUCUCUCUUUGACCUCACCUCUGGCGCCGACCCUUCCCCUGCUGCUGAUGCUGACGCCACUGUUCGCUCACAGUGGGCCACGCGCGAUGCUGCUGCACGUCUUGCUGUGCGUCGCCACUUGCCUACCGCUGAGCGCGCGCACUUUAGCCAGUACAAGAGUGCUCAGACCUUGUACGACGCUGUAGUUGCGCGCUACUCCUCCCCUGCCACUGCUGCACUGAGCCGCCUCAUGCUCCCCUUCCUCUUCCCUGACCUUGCCGCCUUUCCCACUGUCGCUAAUCUCGUCACGCACCUCCGCACUAGUGACACUCGCUACCGGGGUGCGCUUCCUGCUGACUUCUGCGCCAAGAACCCCUCCCCCAUGUACAUCACUCUCUACUUCUUAGUCACUUGCCUCCCUGACUCCCUUCGUGUAGUCCGGGACCACUUCCUCGCAGUCUGUCCCACCACCCUCACAGUAGACAGCCUAGAGAAGGCCCUCCUUGCGACAGAGAAGAGCAUAGUCGCUGUAGGUGCCUCUCGAGGUGACCCCCGCGCCCCCAUCUUUGAGGGGUGUUCUCCUUCCCCUCUCCUGCCCUCUAUCGCCUCUGCCGCUGCGGCCGACCUCGUUGGUCUUGAGUCGGUCGGUGCGGCGUCUGCCCCUAGCGGGAGACGCUGCUCUGGCAAGGGCAAGGGGGGCAAGGGAGCGGGUGGGGCCAGUGGGGGCAGUGGAGGUGGAGGUGGAGGCGGCGGAGGGAGUGGGGGUGGCGGUGGAGGUGGUAGCGGGGGUGGGGGUGCUAGUGGCGGCAGUGGAGGCGGGGGUGGCGGCGGCGGUGGCGGUGGUAGCGGAGGUGGCGGAGGUGGCGGCAGUGGAGGCGGAGGCGGGGGCGGUGGAGGCGGAGGCGGGGGUGGCGGAGGUGGAGGUGGUCGGAGUGGAGCUUCGCAGCGGAGCAGCACUGGGGGAGGUCAGCGCCAGCAGCAGCAGCAGCAGCAGCGUUCUCGCGACGUCCCCACCCCUCAGCAGCUCCGUGAGUGGUACACGCAGCGUCAGCGCGGUGGGGGUUUUGGUCCCUGCACCUACGUUCUCCGCACUGGCGACCGCACUGGAGAGCAGUGUGGGGGCACCCACACCGCCCAGCGCUGCUUUGACCGCCUGACGGACGCUUGGCGCCAGCAGUUCCCGGGGGCCGCGGAGAUCCCCCGCUGGGGAGAGCUGUCUAGGGCUGGUGGAGCUAUCUUUGAUCUUGAUUUUGAUGCUAUCCUUGCUGCCAUGUAUGCUGUGACCAUUAGUGAUGAGGGUGACUGUUACCAGUGUUUCCCGCCCGACCCGGGCAUUGGUACUGCUGCUCAAGGUGCUGGUGAGGCUUCUGCUCUUGGUGCCAGUGCGUCUGUGCUCUCAGGUGCUGGUGAGGCUGCUCUCUCAGGUACUAGUGCGUCUGCGCUCUCAGGUACUGCGUCGGCUUCGGCCUCCCACACCUUCACUCUUGACUCUGGAGCGUCUCGCUCUUUCUUUCGGGACCGCACCACACUCACGCCGCUUAGUCGGCCGGUUGCGGUUUCCCUGGCUGACCCCUCUGGGGGUCCUGUCCAGUCUCGCUUCUCCACAGUCCUCCCGUGUCCGGCCGCUCCCUCUGGCACCCUGUCUGGUCUCUACCUCCCCUCGUUCUCUACGAACUUGGUGAGUGGUGCUGACCUACAGGAUGCGGGAGUCCACCAGUUCACCCCUGCUAGUCAGCCAGUGACGCACUGCACAGAGGCUAGCACGGGUCGUCACCUGGCCACGUUUACACGUCAGCCAGGGUCGAGCCUGUACACACUGACCACUACUUCUCCUCCAGGUGCUGAGUCUGGUAGAGUCCCUUCGUCUGGUCAGGUGUUUGCUGCAGCGUCCAGGUCUGGUCCUGAGUCUGCCCCCUGUUCGUGUCGCCGUCUGUCUCACGAGACCCUCCUCUGGCACCACCGCCUUGGCCACCCCUCUCUGCUUCGGCUCAGAGGCAUGGCCUCCCGUCUUCUUGUGUCUGGUCUCCCCCGGUCCCUCCCUCCCCUUCCUCACGGCCCUAGCCCUGCCUGUGUCCCCUGUGUCGAGGGGCGCCAGCGUGCUGCCCCUCACUCAUCCCAGUUUCCUCUGACAGAGGCUCCGUUGCAGACGCUUCACAUGGACGUGUGGGGCCCUGCCCGCGUCCGUGGACUCGGUCACGAGCACUACUUCCUGUUGGUGGUUGACGACUACUCGCGUUACACCACAGUCUUCCCCUUGCGCAGCAAGGGUGAUGUCACUGAGGCGGAGAGUUUUCCUCUGGCCUUCUGCGUGCCUACUGUCGUGCGCGAGGCAUCCGCCAGACCUUCACGCUUCCGGACUCCCCGCAGCAAAAUGGGAUUGCAGAGCGCCGCAUUGGCAUGGUCAUGGACGUCGCUCGUACGUCUAUGA